AAGGCAACUUCGCAACAGUUUUGUUACUAUCAGGGAAAUUAUCUAAGGGCUCGGCCGAUUUCUUGGAGAAUAAUGCCUCGCUUCAAGCUCGUUUUCUUCUCACCUGUGGCUUCAACAAGCACUAUCCUCAGCCAACUAUUCAAGAAAUACCCAAAAACGGUCGGAAGGAUUGGUCAAUACGAGGAAUGCGCUUUUUUCACUGGAGGGCAUGGCCUGUUCAGGCCGGGGCCCGAAGCUAAUCCUGCAAUCGGCUCCAGAGGAGCUUUAGAGCAGGUUGAGGAACAUAGGGUUGAAGUGCUUGUUACUGACAAGGGCGAGAACACUGAGAUAAAGAAUGCAAUUGAGGAGCUAAAGAGGGUUCAUCCGUAUGAAGAGGUUGCAUACGACGUGUACCGGCUCGAAGACUUCUGAGUAUGCCUCUGCCAGACAAAGCAAGAAGAUAGUUGCAAAGCCUCAUCACUCAUUUUAUUGUCAAUGUUUUUUCUAAUCAUGGCGUGCUCGAAUCAAUCCUUCCAACAAGACUAUCCCGGCACGGACCCCAUCGAUGAUCCUUACGUUUUGCCCCUCAUUCUGCGCCCCCAGUCGCACGGUCGCUUCCAUACCACUCAUUGCAGCGCAUCCCAGGAUUAUCACUCGUGCUCCUUCCCUCACCAAGUCCGCGCUAGCAUAUAUGAUGCGCUGGUCUACUUCUGCUUUUGGGGCCGUAUGCAACUGUAUCGCCGUCAAAUUGGUGCUCCGCACGCCAACAAAAUCUCGAGCGUUCCCUAAAUCAUAUUCGGGGUUGCUUUGAGAGAAGUAGUCUCGAGUUGCUUUGGAUAGAACUGGUUCCCAGUAUCUUCCGGUUGUGACAAUCCCAAACGGCAGCGCGAGCGCCCUUGCGUGAAGUAGCGAUGCUUC